UUUCCUUUCAGAAAUUACUUGGCUUUGAAUUGUUAUAUCAAUGUUCUCAAUAUCCAGUUUUCUCUCAAUGUUCUUAUGUAAGUUCUUUUUGCAUAGGCAUUCUGAAUUGCUAGAUGUGGUUAAUAGGCAAAAUCAGGGAAGAAAAAUUCUUCUACAUAAAUCACCUAGUUUAGGCACAACUGGGAUAUCCGCCUGCCAUCUAGUCGGCCGUAGUAUUGGCGUAGGGAGUCGAAUGAAGAAGUAUUUGUCUUUCCAGUCCAUAUUAUGAGAGGGCAUUUUAUCGAAAAAUGUAGUCCUCGGGCUGGAUUGGAAGCGAAAAACCCAACUAGCUAGUUGUUUGCGGUAGUAGAAGUAAUGGAACACCUAGGGAGUCAGAGGAAUUUCACACAAACGAAACAACUUCACAUAAAAGACAAAUGGAGUUUGGGACUAAUUGAUGGAGUGGGAUACGAAAAUACUAGCUUAGUUUGAAGAAAAAAGUCGGAAUGGGGAAAUGAAGGCCAUCUCAGACUUGGUCCUUUAAAAAGUCACAUAACCGGUGGGGGGAAGAUGGGGACGAUCCUGAUCACUUGGAAUAAUCAUGUGCAAAGAGAUGGGAACUUCAUAGGUGAAGCAGACAUGGUUCAGGUCUACCUCGUCAAACUCCAAGGUAAUCAACGUGUACCACACCCCAGGAAUAUUCAUGGUUGAUUCGGAGAGUAGGAUCCAAGGGGAACGAAGAAAUAAGGAGGGAGUCUACAGGAGCUUAUGGGAACAAGGAAUCAGCUGACAUCGUAGAAACAAGGAACGUAAUGAGGAUGAGUGGCGUCGUUAGGGCUUCUUAAAAAGAAACUCUACAUACCUCUUUAAAAUAGAUCGUUUGAUCGUGUGCGUAAAAAGGCGGGCUAAUUGCUGAUUAAAAGAGAAAUGGACUAUCAUCCGUAAAGUCGUGCGUCAAUUGUCACGUUUGGGAAAAGGAAGUUGAUGGACAUGUGGCAAUAGUAGGAGAAGGGCCUUUACGAUGAAUGUAACAGGCAAAUCAUUAUCUUGAUGUGUCAUCGCGCAUAUCAAAUAUCAAUAAAAAUCUCUCCCCUCGUUUAUGGCGUCCGACGAUCAUCUAAGGCCGACCAACCCAAGAGUCGGUUGGACCACCGGGGCUACGCUUCCCAUUUCUCAUUGGAUAACUCCUAACGUGCAUCCAAUCAGCCCAAGAGUCGGUCGGACACCUGGGAAGGGCUCCCAACAUGCCACCUCAACUGAUCGGAUAUAGGUUGGUCAAGUUCUUAACGGGACACAGUCGUCCACUAUAGCGGUAGCAUCACUACUUGAUUUACCGUCUGAUUAACCGUAAUAAUUUGUUGCUCGACACAUAGGGGCUGCUAUUCGUUAAGUAUUUAUGAAAAUUGCCGCCUGUUCAGAGCGUGCCGCCACUCGCGAGGGUAUGUCUGAUUUUAUUAUCUACCCGACACAGAAAGGGACAAAAACUAGGCCAUUUCUUCGCACAUACACGCGAGUACUCACAAAGACUUAAAUAAAAAAAAGCACAAAAUGAUAAGGACAUAGAAUGGGAGCUAAUAAAAUUUAGUGAACUUAAGUACAUGUCCAAGGAAGUUUGUUGACCGCAUUAGGGUUAAAAUACAAGAUUGAGUGAGCCGGGAAGUAUUACUUAAAAUUUGGGACGACGUCUUCAGAGAGCUCGUCCAAAAGCUUCUACCGGUGUAGGAAGUGGGUUGGGGGUUCAGAUGCUAAGUAAUCGGACUCCCGAACACAGGGGACAAGUUGCAGGUAGAAAUCACGGGACUGAAGGUAGGCCACUCUCUUAGCUUCGAAGCACUUGUCCUCCCCUGUCUUAUAAUCCGCUAGCUUGGCCUGGGAUGCCAUCAGUUCAUAUACGAUUCCUGGUUGCUCAGACUUACAGGCCAUUAACUCGGACCUCGUGGCCUUUAACUCGGAUCGCAGGGACUCCAAUUCAGCUUUCUGAGCUUUAUACACCAGCAGAAACUUGGCUGCCAACUGUGCAUCUUUUGCAACCAACUCUGCAUCUUUUGCAACCAACUCUAAGGCAUGGGCAACUUCCAACUCCUUUAACUUGUCGAAGAGGCCUUGUGCUUCGAUAGUCUUCUCAUCUAAAUCAGCUACUGCCUGGACCCUCCUUGUUAUUUCCGAUUGGAGUUUGGCUUCGCUUGUUUUCAGGGCGGCUUCCAGUUUUUACGCCUUUACCACCUUAGCGCUAGAUAGUUCUCGAGCCUCUUGUACCUUCCUCUCCAGCUCACUCAGCAGGUCAGCUUGCGUCUAAUCCCCUUGUUGGGUUGUCGCGUUGGGGAUUCGGGCGGGAGCCGGAGAAGAUUCCAAUUCUAUUAUUCGCCUCCUCAGCGCCUAGUUUGCGUGUUCAAGCCCCACUAUGGUUCGGGAUGCGUUCAUCCCAACCCCCCAAAGUUGAAGAGAAGUAGUAUUAGUAGUGUUCCAGUUAAAAGGAUAAGCCAGACAAAACUUACCGCCGUUAGUUCUUGGGCAAACUCAUCUGCUAGCCUCAUUAUAGUACGGUCUUCCGUCCGGGUCAUCGAGUCCUCCUAGUCCUCUGCUAACAAGCCCUAUAGUUGUAUCUGCCCGUAGAUUGGAGAGGGAUCCAAAGACGAGGUUACACCCUGAACGGAUGACACAUCCAACAUAGCCAAGAAUGGAAGAGACUUUGUGACUGGUGGGACGGGGUAGGUUCGGAGGAAGCUCUUGUAGGCAAGAUGGUUGGACAAGGGGAUGACGUUCGAGGAGUCAGGGCUAUAGGAGACCCGGUCAGCUGCGAAACCAUCUCCUCUUGGACCGGGCUGCGGGAGGGCAAAGCCGAGGGCGUUUAAUCGGAAGAUCAGGCCGGAGCGCCUUCCCUAGCUGGCAUACGCUCGGAAGUUGAUUGUUUGGUAGUGCCCAAGUGACAUCUGUUAUGCCUGACCCACAGUUGUGUUUCAGACUCAAGGAAGGAAUUUCCUCCACUCUUGUUGUCAUGAAUAUAUGGCCUGUUUGGCUACUAGAAUCCUGGUCGACUGAUCUUCAUGCUCGACCAAAAGGGCUUGGCCUCGCCAAUCUAGCUCAGCCUCUUCCAAUCGCAGAACCUUAGAAGUUAGCGCCUUGAACAAGGCUUCCGCUACACAAAAUAGAAAAGAUCUCAGUUAGUGAUAACAUAGAAACUAAGUUAAUAAUUCUUACCCAAAGAGAAGGGAAGCACAGCUCAAACUGGACUCAGUCCGAACAUAUAGAAGAGGCCCUCCUGUAACAGUUGGGGAUGUUGAAUUGUUGGCCAGCCAAUUUUUCUGACACAGAAACGAAGGCGGUAAUCUCCUAACUCAGGGAGGGGAGAGAGAUUCGCCUGCCAAUUAGUCAGCCAAGACACGGUAUUGGACACUUGGAUGAAGAAGAAAUGGGAUUUUCAUCCCUUAUUAGACGAAGACAGUUUCUUGAAGAAGACAGCUGAUACGGGGCGUUAGAUAUGGACCCCAGGGGGGCGUUAAGGUUAAAGUCAAGGUGAGAGAGCGGUCAAAGUCAAGGGGAGAGCAAGCUCGCUUAUAACUAAGCCCAUCGACAUGAGAGUUUGGUACAUAAGUGCAAGAGCAAGGACUCUUAUAACUCGGUCGAACCGCUCGAGAGUCCGGGACAUAGGUGUCAGGGCAAGCACGCUUAUAACUCGGUCGAACGCCUCGAGAGUCUGGGACGUGGGUGCGAGAGCAAACUCCCUUAUAACUCGGUCGAGCAACACGAGAGUCUGGAAUAUAGGUAUGAGGGCAAGCUAGCUUAUAACUCGGCCGAGUGACACGAGAGUCUGGAAUAUGGGCGCGAGAGCAAGCUCGCUUAUAACUUGGCCGAGCGGCACGAGAGUCUGUAAUAUGAGCGCGAGAUCAAGCUCGCUCGCUUAUAACUCAGUCGAGCGGCACAAGAGAUUGGAAUAUGAGCGCGAGGGUAAGCUCGCUUAUAACUCGGUCGAGCGGCGCGAGAGUCUGGAUUAUUGGCGUGAGGGCAACUUUACUUAUAACUCGGUUGAGCGGCUUGAGAGCAUGGAAUAUGGACGCAAGAGUAAGUUUGCUUAUAACUCGGUCGAGCAACACAAGAGCUUGGAAUAUGGACGUGAGAGCAAAUUCGUUUAUAACUCGGCCGAAUGGCACGAGAGUCUGGAUUAGGACACGAGAGUUUGGAAUAUGGGCGCAAGAACAAGCUCGCUUAUAACUCGGCCAAGUGACACGAGAGUUUGGAAUACGGGGCGAGAGCAAGCUCGCUUAUAAUUCAGCCGAGCGGCACGAGAGUUUGGAAUUUAGGGCUCUUGAGCUAAGUUUGCCUACAUUUCCAUUAAAUGUAAAUAUUCAACGGUAUAUAAAAGCACGUCAUUGGCAUACUCUCAGGUUCGAUAAGGUUGUAGAUAAUUUGCUCCCCACGACCGCUCCAAGUCUUCUUGCUACAAAGUAACUAUAGUAGAUUGUCUAAUCUCCUCCAUCUUCGCAUUUUAGAUUCAGGCAAAGUUCCCACAGACGGCGCCAAAUUUGAUUCUGUCUGAAAUCGAGGAAGAUGGGGCUCUGGGUAGGUGGCUCUGGUGUCGACCGUGAGAAGACUUUGAGCUAGAAGAAGAUAACGCUGAGCGAUCCUCUCUGCACACACCACAGAGAGAACAAAUAAGAACGUUAGAGCGAGAACCAGGAAGGACCCAGUUGGAACCGUAGCAGAAAUGAAGAAGAUGAACAGUAGUGUUGAUGAGUGUGCGAGUGUGCGUGCGCGUGAGAGCGUAAUGGAGAGGACCCCUUUUUAUACUGACCACAUAAUCUCCGCAAUAAUAAGGCGUCAGAGAAUGUCUGGUGUCAAAAUAUGUUGGGUAACGGAGGGUGUACUACAACCUUCCCCCAUAAGGUUUCAUUGCCGGUAUAUGUCAGAAUAGCAGAAUAUUGCUUGGUGAGUAGUUGUUAUUCUCUGACGGGUAGUUGCGAUUGUAUGAUGAUGUUAUCUUUUAAAAGGAGUUCAACCAACUUUGGAGCCGACUGGAUGUAUACUGGGGGGUCGUGCCCAUUAAAAGUAGGGAGCUAAGUCUCAAAGGUUUGACCGGCUCUAGGGCCGAUCGACUGUGUGCUGGGCGCCUUGCCCUCGAAGAGUAGGAAGCUAAGUCCUGAAGGUUUGACUAGCUCCAGGGCCAAUCGGCUGUAUGCUAGGUGCUUUGCCCUCGAAGAGUGGGGAGCUAAGUCCCGAAGAUUCGACCUGCCCUAGGGUUAAUCGACUGUAUGCUGGGCGCUUUGUCCCUUAAGAGUGGGAAACUAAGUCCCGAAGCUCUUACCAACUCUGGGCCGACUAGCUAUAUACUGGGGCCGAUAUGCUAGGGCCACAACCACGAGGAAUGAGGAGCUAAGUUCCGAAAGUCCGACUGGCUCUGGGGCGACCAACUGUAUGUUGGGGCCAUGACCACGAGGAGUGGGGAGCUAAGUCUCAAAGGUCUGACCGACCCUGAGGCCAAUCGGUUGUAUACUGGGGGCCACGACCAAGAGGAGUGGGGAGCUAAGUCCCUAAGGCCCGACCAGUUCUGGGGCCGAUCGGCUAUAUGCCCUUUGAAGAGUGGAGAGCUAAGUUCCGAAGGUCCAACCAGCCUUGGGCCCAACCGGCUAUAUGCUGGGCACCUUGCCCUUAAAGAGUGUGGAGCUAAGCCUCACCUUCGAAGGUGAGUGGUUUGUCCGGCUACGUACACCUUGACCAUUACCUCAUCUUGAUUUUGACUGUCACCUUACCACCUUACCUUGACUUUGACUAUCAUAUCAUCUUGACUAUCAACCCCAUGUUACCCUUUGUGCCACUCAUAACGCGCCAUAUCAUAUGGUUUUGUUAGAUUAUUCACACGAUUCAUUCAACCCAUUUGAAUAGUUUAAAUUGUUUCUUGGUCAUGUUGAUUUUGCAAGAUUGCUCGACCUCCUAUUUUCUGGUACUUAACAUGAGAAACAGAAAAAGGAAUAGGGCCAUAAUAGGCUGGAGUUUAUGACAUUGAGCUGAGAAGAAAUUCCAGCAUUCAUAGGAGCAUCAAGAUUUUUUUUCCUCUUCACAGAUGCUCUUCGAUGCUCUCCUAAUCCUUCCCUAGCAUUGGGAAUCUUGAAAGAUGGCUGGAGAGUGUGAGAAUGCAUAGUUCUAUUUAAUUGAUUGUGCCUAGGUUUGGUAAUUGUAUGUUGAGCAUAUCUUAGUGUUCUCAUUUAUCUAAAACUGCCACAGGUAUGGAUGAUGACCUGGUUAGGACACCUAUGUUUAAUGACUCGAGUCAGUUUGAUGACUUGAAGUUCAUAUCUAGACUCAGCACGAUUCUGGUGGCCUCCAUUCAAGAAAUUAAAGAUCGGGUGUCUCAAAUAGAAUUUGUCUUCUGUAGCCAGCUAUUUCCAGGCUUCCAAAUGACAUCAAGAGUUCUACAGAAAAAAAUAGCUGAUAUCAGGAAACUUGCUGAAGAUGAAUGGAAGGAAAAAGAACAAUCUCUCUUACAGCAAGUAAAAGAGCUACAAACUGAAAGGCAACAAUUUCAAGAAGAAGUCCAGCAAUUGAAUAAUGCUCUAGAACAAACUAAGACGAGGUUGAUGAGUGCUGAACAAUCAGUAGACAGACAUGAACUAGAGAAGGAAGUUCUUUCGACCAGGCUUGAAUGCUUAAUGAGGAACGAGGACAUGCAUGCUAAGCUGAAAAUGCAGUUUGAUCAGGAAAAAAGUGAAUUGUCUGAGGCGAAGAAAAUGCAGAAAAAAUUAUCAGAAGAAAUUGAAUUGAACAAUCAGAAACUGCUGAAUGAGCAAGCUAAAGGAAAAGAUUUGCUUAUGGAAUUAGAUAAAAUGACAGCAAUGUACAAGCAAUUAAAGUCACAAUAUAUGUUUGCUGUGGGGAAGUUCAAUCACAAAUCAGGAAAUGAAUGCUACUUGGACAGGGUAGAUGUGGUGAACAAUUCACCGUCGUCUCAUCUAAAAAAGAGAAGACUUCAAGAUUCUGAAGAAAAAGAAGAAGAGGAAGUCACUGACAUCGCUUCUCAGGUAGAUGAAUCAAAGACUGGGAGCGGUGCUCAUGAAAAUCCUGUGCUCCAUCAAGAUGUUGAUGUCUUCAAAAGAUCAAGAAAUGGCUCCCACACUAAUCCAGCCUUUCUCGACUCCAUUUUACCAAAGCAUGAUGUAGGCACUUCCAAAUUAGAAUCAAUAGCCUGCAGGAAGAAGUCUAGUUCAUCCUGGAGGGAUACUCGGGCUCAUGAAACUAAUGGAGGGGAUCCACACGACAACUUUCUUGACACUCCUUUGGAGAUUGCAAGAAACUUAAACAAGUUACCUUUUGAACCAGCUCAAGAUCUUGCAGCACCUCCCCCACAAGAUUUGUAUUUCCACAAUUCUGACGAUGAAACACAAGAUAUGAACACCAAAACUAUUCCACUCGAGCAGCAUAACUCUGCUGGUCCAGCAAACAAGGGCGUCCGAUACUGUGAACCCGUGAGGAAAAAGGCCGAGCGGGAGAAUCUUGAAGGAGUGGAGUGCAUGCAAUGCAAGAAGUUCUAUGAUGCAGUUCUUCCAGGCGAUGACAAUAAUCCGAAUGAAAAGAUUAGGCGCUGUGAACAUCAUGAUGGCGUCUCAAGGCAUCGUUACAGAUAUGCUCCUCCAUUGACUCCUGAAGGUUUCUGGAAUAUUGGGUUCGAUUCAGGUAUGUAGUAGCUUCCUAAAACGAUGAAGCUCAAGUAGCAACUGCACAUUGUCAGCUGCUUUCAGUUGCCUUUUAUUCUAUUACAGAAGAUUACCUCGAAUGGAUGAAUCAACAGUUGUCUUUACAAUUAAGCAGGCUCCUAAUGGAGACAUGACAAAAAUCUUGCAAAGAGAAAAAUCCACAUCGUCAAAGUAUUCUUUUUUCAGCAGAUUUGAAAGGUUUGUUCC